AUCACGAGUCCACCGCUGCUACAAUUUAUAUAUCAGUAUAAUAUAUAUAUAUACAUAUAUGCGCGCUGAACGCGGCUGCAAAGUUAUAGCCAAAAUCUAGGUGAGGGAGGCAAGCGGGGUGCACGAGACCGACAGCACUGAGCAGUAGCGCGCAAACCUACAGAGACGAAACUAACACGAGGGGAACGUAUAUAGAUUGCUCGUAAGAGUCUAGCUUCAGUUCGGCAGCAGUUCUCUGGUGGCCGGUUCAAGAAGGACUGCCACUCGGAGCGCAAAUAAACCCGAAAAUCCCGUAUACAUUGCACCGAUCCGAUCAUAUUUGCAGACACGGCCACGCAUUGAUUUAGCAUCAUGUCUUACUGCGUUCGCAUUGUGCAAGCUCAGAAAGUAGCAAAUUUUGCUGCUGAAGUUCAGCAAAGAUGUUUCAGCACCAGUCCACUGGCUUUUGCUGCUGCAAAGGUGGCAAUGUCCAAAUUUGACAAAACAGCUUAUCUUCCAUAUGACAAGCUUGAAGAUAAUUUGAAAAUUGUAAAAAAAAGGCUUGAUCGACCCUUGACGCUUUCAGAGAAAGUUUUGUAUGCCCAUAUAGAUGAACCCCAUAAACAGGAUGUUGUUAGAGGUACAAGCUAUUUACGUUUGCGACCUGACAGAGUCGCCAUGCAGGAUGCUACAGCUCAAAUGGCUAUGCUCCAAUUUAUCAGCUCAGGACUACCAAGAGUUGCUGUUCCAUCAACCAUCCACUGCGAUCACUUGAUUGAAGCCCAAGUUGGCGGAGAACAAGAUUUAAAAAGAGCAAAAGAUUUGAAUAAAGAAGUUUACAACUUCCUUAAAACAGCUGGUGCCAAGUAUGGUGUAGGUUUUUGGAAUCCUGGUUCUGGAAUCAUUCACCAAAUUAUUUUGGAAAAUUAUGCUUUUCCUGGACUCUUGAUGAUUGGUACUGAUUCGCAUACACCAAACGGUGGUGGACUUGGUUGCUUGUGCAUUGGUGUUGGAGGUGCUGAUGCUGUAGAUGUUAUGGCUGAUAUUCCUUGGGAAUUAAAAUGCCCUAAAGUCAUUGGAGUCAAGCUUACAGGUGAACUCAAAGGGUGGACUAGUCCUAAGGACAUUAUUCUUAAACUUGCUGGAAUUUUAACAGUGAAAGGUGGUACUGGGGCUAUUGUUGAAUACUUUGGCCCUGGUGUUGAUAGCAUUAGCUGUACUGGUAUGGCUACCAUCUGUAAUAUGGGAGCGGAAAUUGGUGCUACAACAUCAAUUUUUCCAUACAAUGACCGUAUGAAGGAUUAUCUCAAGUCCACUCAGCGAGGUGAUAUUGCUUCUGCUGCCGAUUCCGUCAAAGGAUCCCUUUUAACUGCUGAUAGUAAUGCCAAAUACGACCAAAUUGUUGAAAUUGAUCUCUCGACCCUUGAACCUCAUGUUAAUGGACCAUUCACGCCUGAUCUUGCUAAUCCUAUUUCACAAUUGGGUGCUAAUGCUCAAAAGAACGGCUGGCCUAAUGAAAUCAAAGUCGGUCUUAUCGGUUCUUGCACCAACAGCUCGUAUGAGGACAUGGGUCGUUGCGCUAGUAUCGCCAGACAAGCUAUGAAGCAUGGCCUUAAAGCAAAAUCUACCUUCAAUGUAACUCCUGGCUCCGAACAAAUUCGUGCAACUAUCGAACGUGAUGGAAUCGCUAAAACUUUACGCGAUUUCGGAGGUAUUGUCCUCGCCAAUGCUUGUGGCCCUUGCAUCGGUCAAUGGGAUCGUCAAGACAUCAAGAAGGGAGACAAAAAUACCAUCGUAACUUCUUACAACAGAAACUUCACCGGGCGUAACGACGCAAAUCCCGCUACUCAUGCCUUCGUUACCAGUCCCGAGCUCGUAACAGCUUUAUCAAUUGCUGGACGUCUCGAUUUCAAUCCUGCCAAGGACAAGUUAAAGGGUGCCGAUGGCAAGGAAUUCUUGUUAGACAGCCCAUAUGGCGAUGAGCUGCCGAGCAAAGGUUUCGAUCCUGGUAUGGAUACCUACGAUGCUCCACCCAGCGAUGGAAGCAAGGUGAAAGUAGAUGUCGACCCAAAAUCGCAGCGUUUGCAGUUGUUGGAUCCAUUCAAUAAAUGGGACGGUAAAGAUCUUACCGAUAUGACUGUACUGAUCAAAGUUAAAGGAAAAUGUACGACCGAUCACAUCUCGGCUGCUGGCCCAUGGCUCAAAUACCGUGGUCAUCUUGACAAUAUUUCUAACAACAUGUUCAUUGGUGCCACCAAUUCUGAGAACGGAGAAAUGAAUAAAAUCAAAAAUCAACUGACUGGCGAAUGGGGUGGUGUACCAGAUGUAGCUCGUCAUUACAAAAAGAACGGAGUUGAAUGGGUAGCCGUCGGUGAUGAAAACUACGGUGAGGGUUCAUCUCGGGAACACGCCGCCUUGGAGCCACGUCAUCUUGGUGGUCGCGCUAUCAUCGUUAAGAGCUUUGCUCGUAUUCAUGAAACAAAUCUUAAGAAGCAGGGUCUUCUGCCACUUACUUUUGCCAAUCCUUCUGAUUACGAUAAAAUUCAUCCAACUGACAAGAUCAGUUUACUUGGACUCAAAGAUCUCGCCCCUGGAAAGCCUGUCAAGUGCGAAAUUAAACACGCUGAUGGAAAAGUAGAUACCAUCACACUAAAUCACACCAUGAAUGAACAACAGAUUACGUGGUUCAAGGCAGGUUCUGCACUUAACCGAAUGAAAGAAAUUGCUGCUGGCAAGUAAAGCUCGCGCCUUUCGCGAUUCAACAAGAAAAUGUCACAGUGAAAUGGUCACGUUUCUGCAGCUAGUUCAUAUGCUUAGUACAUGAAAUUUUAGACAAGAAAAAUUCUUCAGUGUAGCUGCAAUUCUGCGAUCUUGAGAUGCACACCUCAAACAUCAAUGGUAAAAAAAAUAAACUCCGAUCGUGAAAUAGCAACUGAACACAAAUUGAUGAUAAUAAUAAUCGUUAGUUAAAUAAUAUUGUUAUUUCUAGUAAUUUGAUAAUAUUUACGAAGCAAUGCAAGAAAUGUUACGCAGUGGCUUUCAAGUGAACGAUAGGUGUAUUUGUUAUUUUUUAAGAGCGGCUACAAAAAAUGAAAGAUUUAAACAAUUUUAUCAUGUUCGUACCGAAUGUUACAUUAUUACACUAGUAUUUAUAAAAAAUCUUUGAUAACUCCUGGCAAAAAAGGACAACAUCAACAGCUAAACUCUGACGAUAAAACUACCAAAGACACUUUCACGGGUCGGUAAAACAUGACAUUUAAUGAUUAUGUUUUAAAAAGCAGCAACGAUUAAAGCGAUUAAUAUCAUGUAUCAAAAAUGAAAAUGCUCGAAAAAUAUCUCACGACAAAGAUUCUAACGAUAAAAUCUAGCAUGCUAACAGUACAAGUUUUCAAGAAUGAUUUCUUUUCAUUAUAUUCUAUGCAAUCUAUUAUAAUUUUUUCCGUUGAAUCGAUACUAUUUUGUUUUGAAGUACUUUAUAAAAAGAAACAUAGAUGUGGUUUGAUUGUAGCUCUUCUUCCGCUUGAAUUCAAUGAAAAGACGUGUACGCCCCAAGUUGAUGGUUGAGCAACUUCAAGCCAUAUCUAGAAUCUUUUUAAUUAAUUGUACAUAUAUAUUUUUAAACCAUACCAAUUGUGCUUGAAAUCAAUAGAAAAAUAUCGUGGCUGUACAUGAAAAAUACCUCCAAUUUUGAUUAAAGAGCUCGGUACUGCAGUAUUCCUUCGAGAUCUAUUUUAUGUGAUUACAUUAUACUUUGUUUUAUAUAAGAGUAAUAUAAAAAUGCGUGUUGAGCGUCGGGUGUGUGCACGUCAAUAGCCUCUCACGAUUGUAAUCGAACGAUCGAAUCAUUGUCAUUUAUUUGUGAUUGUAUAAAAGAUGAAAUAAAAACUAGUUGAAAAAAAAUAAAAAA